GUCCGGUAGGGGGCAGUAAUGCGCCUCUCGCUGCUGAUCGUGCGCCAGUCUCGUCUAAAGAAGAAGGAAGUGACAUUUUCAACUGUCCUUGUGCUGAAGCGGCUCCCUGAAGGAGAAGUUAUCACAAUGUUUAGGCACUUAAGGAGCCUGCAGCAGGUCUCCAGACGGACUCUGUCCAGCUCUGCUCGCAGACCGCUGGAGAACAAGGUCCCUCACAAGCAGAAGCUGUUUCAGGAAGACAAUGGCAUGCCGGUUCAUCUGAAGGGAGGCUCGACAGAUGCUCUCUUGUACAGAGCAACCAUGGCUCUUACUGUCUUUGGGUCUGGUUAUGUGCUGUAUACACUGAUCGAUGCAGCGCUGCCCAAGAAGAAGAACUGAACGUGCUUCUCUGUUCAUGUGUCUGAGCUGUAAAGAUCUCUAAAGAUCUCUGUGUGUCCUGUCACUUAUUUUCAUUACAUUGGAUUAAUAUUUAUUGAUUGUACUGUAAAGAGCAAUCAUUAUGUAAUAAAACCUUCCACUGGC